AUACAUAUACUAUCCUACACAAGGCAAGGAGGCAUGCAUUCGUCGUUGAAGACCACGGCAACGUUUCACAACUCCACGUAACAUCAUGCCAAUCAUGCAAGCAGCGCACAUCUUGUUCACGCGUUAGGGUUACAAGCGUACCGAGAAUCGGUAUGCACUUUAGUAUGACGUUUGCGCUUUUGCAGUGCAAUGGUUUCUGUGGUGCACGGUGGUGGAAUGGUUCGGAUCGGCAGCGUUGUCUCACAUUAAAACGUAAUCAAAAUGCCGCGAAAAGUUGUGCUCGUAGCGUGUGGCUCGUUCAACCCAAUAACCAACAUGCAUCUUCGAAUGUUUGAGCUGGCGAGGGACCACCUGCGCUCAACGUGCAACUAUGACGUUACCGAAGGAAUUAUUUCCCCAGUGAGUGAUGCUUAUUCAAAAAGAGGACUGGUUUCUGCUCAGCACCGAUGUGCCAUGGUCAACAUAGCCGUCCUCACAAGCGACUGGAUAAGGUUAGACGCAUGGGAAAGCAGUCAAGGAAAGUGGACAGAAACAAAGGCCGUUCUGCAGCAUCAUCAAGAUGCUCUCUCAGGAGAGACUGACCAGAAACGAGUGAAGCGGAGAAGAACAGAGAAUAAUAUAAAUGAAUGCCCCGCUCAGGUGAUGCUGCUGUGUGGCGCGGACCUCAUCCAGUCGUUUAACGUUCCUGGCCUCUGGAAAGACUGCGAUAUCGAGUACAUCCUGUCCAAUUUUGGCAUCGUAGUCAUCUCUCGGGCAGGCACAGAUGUUUCUAGGCUCAUAUACGAGUCUGAUGUUCUAAGCCACUACCGGAACAACAUCCAUGUCAUCACUGAAUGGAUUACCAACGAGAUUAGCUCCACAAAGAUAAGGCGAGCAUUACAAAGAAACGAAAGCGUCAAGUACCUAUUACAGGACGGUGUCAUAGCAUACAUCAAAGACCACGGGCUUUACCAGGAGAGGUACUUACCACACGCAGCAAUCAACAACAACAACAACAGCGCCGACGAAGACGAAGACAGUGAAGGGACUGCCGUCUGACAUCGUCCGCCACAGAGUUUUAUCUAGUCAGAAGCUCAUCAUAUUCUCAUGAUUUUUAGUACAAUUUUUUAAGGUCAUUCGUAGAGAAUGGCAUUUUUUUUAGAAGUUUAAUCAUGUAGGGAAGCAAGAAGUUAAUGCUCCCAGAGAUUAUCUCAUUGGACCCCUGGCCAAGUGUGCCAUGUAGAUUUCCCCCCUUUUCUUUCUAGUGUGUAUGUGGUGGUAGUUAUUGUCUUUCUCUAGCAAAUGCAAUGGUUGUUUAGACUGUAUGCAAUCCAGUUAUGUCUAGCUCGCGGUAAACAUUUCAGGUGUGAAAUUUCAUAUGCUGUUGUACUAGUUUUAUUUACAAACAGAUGAGUAUAUGCUUUCCAUGCUAGGAUGUCCCGGCCAGUACAAGUUCUUAAACGCAUCCGCACAAUUUAAAAAAAAAAAAAUUCUGUUGACAAUGUCAUGGACAACAGACUUAUUUUACGUGUACUAACUGGGUUGUGAGAACGUAUGAAAUUUCGGUAAAAUUUAUCUACUUAAGGAAAAAAAAAAGUCUUACUCAAGCAUAUUGUACAUAUGUGUCUGAUCAAGAACGUGCCCACACAUAAAGACUAAUAUGCCAAAGUGACGUUUGGAAGCAUCGUAGAGAGUGUUUUUGAAGUUCUCGAGCAGAAACUGUGGACGUGUCAAAGGAUAUCGUGAAAUGCAGCAAGAGUGUACUUUGUUCUGACCAAGCUUUCAACGAGCACGCUUUCGUAUGUGCCAAAAUGCCCUUUUAAUCCAAACACUUCCACAUAUAUAUAAUUAUAUAUUACAAUGUUAAGAGAAUCAUUGUUUUGCCAUUAAAUAUUGUUUAAGAGCUUCUAGUGCUCUGUA